GAGCGGUGCCCGACUAUGCUGAUGCACGGAGUGGAGGAAGGGCGGGCGAUGAAAGGGGCUCUGAGGUGAGAGAGCUGCAGGAGGUGAAGGCCUGAGUCACGUGAUUGCCUUGUGUCAGCCUCCGCAUACACGAGAUGGAAGAGGAGCUCCUGGCAUUACGACGACAGCGCGAGGCUCGUGCUGAAAUGUUUGGAUGUUGCCUGACAACUUCGACAGACGCUCAUGAAAGAAAUCGAAUUUUGGAGGCAGCGUGCAGAGGGAACAUUGAUCGAGCAGGCACAACAUGCUUUGGAUGUGAAUGAAAGUGGCGUGCAAACUCAAAAGUUCAUGGAUAAUAUCAAGAAACUACAAGACGAAGAAUCAUUUUGGAGGAGGGAGGCCUCGAGACGACUGGAAGAAGUGACAGACACUGAAACCACUCUAAGAAAAUUGCUCCGUGAUCUGCAGCGAGAGCGAUAUCUUGUACGCACCAAGGAAGAAAGAGAGGCAGAACUGAUUGGAGAGAUUCAUAAACUUCAGAACAAGAUUGAGAUCAUCUCGAAAGGGUUCAAACUAAAUGAUUCUCCAUCUUCACCAUCUGAACACCUUACAAGCCAAAGCAGGGAUAUUGACCUGAAUUCUCCGUUCAGCAAUAUUGUUAAGCUGCAAGCUGAGCUUCUGAGGAAGGGCAGAUACGAAGACGCUGAGAGGUUGGCCCUUUCCUUCAACACUAUUCGCCUGCAAAAAUGUAAAUUACUACCUAUCUCAUUUUGCUGGUGACAAAGACCCAGUCAAGACAAGUGAAUUGCGAGACACUGCACUAGGUUGUGUACCC